AUGUCGCGUUUCGUUUGCUUUUCAGUGCUUGUGCUCCUGGCAGCUGUGGCCGUAUCCUCCAAGCCGCAGGAGGAUUACGACAAGGAGCACAUUGCCGAGGUGGCCGAGGAGUGCAAAACGGAGUCGGGCGCCACAGAUGAGGAUGUGGAGCACAUGAUGCAGCAUGAGCCAGCCGAUUCACAUGAAAGCAAAUGCCUGCGCGCCUGUAUGCUGAAGAAGUUCGAGAUUAUGAACGACGAGGGCAAGUUGAGCAAGGAGAACGCUUUGGAGAUGGUCAAGCUGAGCAGCAAGGAUGAUGCUGAAAAGGAAGCUGCUGCCACUGAGAUUGUCGACAAGUGUGAGGGCAUCGAAGUGCCCGAGGAUCACUGCGACGCUGCUGCCGCCUACGAAAAGUGCAUCAUUGAUCACAUGCACGAGCAUGGAUUGGCCCUGGAGUAACCC